AUGAACCUCCCCACUUUUGAGAACGAACUCGUCCCACUCAUUUCCUUCCCGACAAAACUUGCGCAGGCAUGUCUCCGCCUUCGGCUGGACUAUGUCCAGAAACUUAAAGAUCCAGAAGUCCUCAUCAUCGACCAAGUCACGGAAGAUGUAAAGAUAAGUUUGGGUCUUGCCUGCACGCUCAAGCGGCAAUAUGAGGCCUUCCUCGCACCCGACCCAGGCGGAAAUUGGAAUUUGCCUCAAUGCAUCACCGAUGACUAUGAUUCCACCAUACUUGAAGCGCUCUCUAUAUUCUUCAGACUCAUACAUUGGAAGCUCAAGAGCGGGGUUAAAGGAAUUUACUUCAAAGAGACGGAUUUUAUCGAGUCUCAGUGGGCGACUUUCAAUGAUGUCAGCAUGACUGUUGCUGGUGGCCCGCAGUUGGUCGCCGAACAAGUCUGUUCAUUGACAAACAAGCUCAUGGUCCGGGUUGCAAAUUACUUUGAUACUCAAGUCCGACUGCCUUCUGCAGACAAAAAGCCACCUCAACGUCGCGGGUCCGCGAAUAUCUUCGACGCAGAUAUCAUCGCCAACAAUGUGUCAGGCCACAUGACUGACGAGCAGAAGGUCAACUGGUAUGGCAAGAUAUUGGACAACGUCCGGUUGCGCUAUCGAAAGCUCCAACGUUUUGCACGGGUCUUGACCCAAAGAUUCUGCAAUUCUGCCGAGUACAACCUGGAAGGCGUCCCCAUCGAACAGGUCAUCGCAGCUCUUGUGGCGACAGAUCAUUUUUUGGUCUACACGCGAUCGUUUGAAGAAGAAGGGAUCUAUAUCAUUGCAUCUAGUGCUUUGCGCGACCGCCCAGAAGCCAUACGACGCAUUCUUUUUGAGUCUUUCCAUGCCAACGAGUCUAUGAAUGACGAGGGUGUCCAUGUGGUUGAUAGCAUGGAGAUAAUGGAUAGUGAGGAUGAUGACGAGGCCGAAUAUCUUCUCCUCCUAUCUCCUCUAAGUCAAUUUCUGUGGAAUGGUCUGGUGUUCAUGCUCGAACUUCCAAGGAUGGAUCUUGACAUGAAGGACAACCGCUUGCGUCUUGUUGCAGAUGGACCCGACCGGCGGCUUGUGCUAGCCAAGGAACAAUUCUCAGAGAUAUUCGUGGACGAAGAAGAUGAGCCUUUAGAAAUGGUGCUUACUCCUCUGCAGUGCAUCAUCGAACAACAAGCGCAUCUACCCACAGUCAAUCGUGAGCUGCGGAAGAUAGCUCGCGCGACCAACAAGCUGGCGGAGUCAAUAGUGGAUUCUGUGCACCACGUUCGAUAUUCACUGCGCAAUGCAGUUGGAUACCAGGAGCUCCUGGAGAAUUGGUAUCUGUUUGCUUCCGAGCAUGGGCAACACGCUCAGAAGUACAUGGAACGUUCGCCUCUCAGCAAAUUCAACCGACUGCUGAUACGCCUCGCCAUCUCCUGGGUAUCAUUCAUCUGCGAUGACUGCGAUCCAUCAGAUCGGAAAACCUUUCGAUGGGCCGUGAAUGCAUUGGAGUUCGCGCUACACCGCACUCGACGGAACAAUAUAUUGCAAAUGCCAGAUGAUCAAUUCGAAAUGCUGCGGCAGAAAGUAGCUAGCUGCAUGACGCUCCUCAUCAGCCAUUUUGAUAUUCUUGGUGCUCGGUCCACUUUGGAAGCACGGAAGGAGAAGGAAAGACAAGAGGGACUUCUGCGCGAGCAAGCCUCGAUGACUGCCGAUGAAGAGCCUGGAUUCCCAAGGUCUUCAUCGCCUGCUAAUGAUGACCUCAUCAGCAUGAACACGUACUCAUACACAGAUGCUAACGUGCGUCUGUAUUGGGAGAAGACGGCAAGGGCGUUAUAUGCACUUGAAAGCAGUCGAGCACAGACCGGCACAGACCAAAGGGUUGUAGGUCGUGUUCUUGACAACGAGAAACCCGAAGAUCGGUCUCUCGUUUUCCUAGCGUCUUCAAGUUCCAAUAUCUCCAUUCGUUGGCAGCAAAGGAGGUUCAUUGGGGCUGGGGCAUUCGGUUCAGUUUAUCUCGCAGUCAACCUCGACUCUGGUUCCCUCAUGGCUGUCAAGGAAAUCAAAUUUCAAGAGCUGUCUGGGCUUCCAAACCUCUACUCGCAAAUCAAGGACGAGCUAAGCGUCAUGGAAAUGCUUCAUCAUCCCAACGUCGUAGAAUACUACGGAAUCGAAGUGCACCGCGACAAGGUAUACAUCUUUGAAGAGUACUGCCAGGGCGGAAGCCUGGCUUCUCUUCUGGAACAUGGGCGAAUUGAGGACGAGAGUAUCAUACAGCUCUACACCAUGCAGAUGCUGGAGGGACUUGCAUAUUUGCAUUCGAAGGGAAUAGUCCAUCGGGAUAUCAAACCUGACAAUAUUCUCCUUGAUCAUCGUGGUGUCAUCAAAUAUGUUGAUUUUGGAGCGUCUAAAAUCCUCGUGAAGAAUCGCACCAUGCAACGCACACGUAGAGGAGACUUCGGCGGCGGGAAUUCUACGAAAACUGGUGGCUUUGGCGGAGGCUUAGGCAUGAACAGCCUGACCGGAACGCCCAUGUAUAUGUCCCCGGAAGUCAUCAAAAAUGACAAGAGAGGUCGUCACGGGGCAAUGGAUGUCUGGUCGCUCGGAUGCGUGGUUCUAGAAUUUGCAACCGGCAAGAAACCAUGGAGCAAUUUGGAUAAUGAAUGGGCCGUCAUGUUCCACAUUGGAGUGGCUACGCAGCAUCCACCCCUGCCGGAACCCGGACAGCUGAGCGAUCUAGGCAUCAACUUCAUCAAGCAGUGUCUCAUCAUUGAUGCCAUGAGAAGGCCGACGGCUAUCGAACUACUGGACCACCCUUGGAUGCUCCAAUUCGGCGAGACGCUCCUUGGGUAUGAGGAGACUGAGUUGGUGACUAGUCCGCCUAUAGAGCUGCCGACAGAAGAAACCUAUGAGAUGGCUACAGUUGCAAGGCAAGCUGCAAUCAUCCAGGAGAAAGAAGUUGAGGCCAUCCAGAUACCCUCGCCCACCCUCUCUUCAACAGGAACGCCCACACCCGAAGCUGAAUAUGAAUAUGAAUAUGAAUGA